GGGUGGUAGUUGAGGCCUGCCUUGUUAGUCGUGGUGGUGAUAGCUAAAGGAAGGCGCAUUUUUGAUCUGUUAUAUAAGGUAGAUAAGUAAUAAAUAAAGAAAAGGCAAAGUCCCGGCCGGUAACCUGGACUUUAAUUUUAUUGAUGUAAAUUUUUCUCGAGAUUGAUAAUUGCCAUUUUCCCCCUUAGGUAAUUACGUAUUAUAAAGGCUAUUGUAUAAUAAUAUAGCUAUUAAUAGCGAGGCUGAAAUUGUGAGGUUAAGGCUCGGGGGGAAAAAGGCACGAUACGGGCAGGCAGGCACACCCGGCCGCACCACCGGCGCCGGGAAAGCGGCCUUGCGUAACGUCACGCGAAUUAUCACGUAGGCGGGAUUACGUGGUCGGAAUCACGUAUAUAAGGCCCGCACCUCCCCGGCUCUCCUUCCAGGCUCUCCUUCCCUCCCCUCUCUCUCUUCCAAAGCACCCGCGUCCGCACCCCGCAACGCCGAAAAAAAGCUCGCAACACCCGACUCGCACCAGUCGAAUAACCUCACCUGCCGUACCACCUAUCGCGACAAAGGCCACAACACCACCACAUCACCACCGCACCGCCUAUCACAAUACCGGCUACACUGCCUGCUACAUCGCCUAACACCACCACACCGCCUGCCACAAUACCGGCUGCACCACCCGGCGGAAUGGCGGCAAUGGACAAAGUGGUGGCCUCGGAGGACCUCGCCGCCCUGUCGAAAUUGGCCAAGUUGGCCGCCUUAGCCGCCGCCGCCGCCCUAGUCGCCUUUGUCGUCCUUGUCGAGCUCGUCGUCCUCGCCGCCCUGGCAAUCCUGGCCACUUUGGCCACGGUGGUCAGCCUGGUCGUCAAGGCGGCCAUCGGCUUGCUUACCGCCUUGAUCGGCCUCGUCGUCCGCGCCACCGGCGCUACCUUAAACGCCCUAGUAAAGUUGUUCGGUUUGAUCGAGGAAAUAGCUCAGAGGGGGGGGCGUCAAGCUCGGUGGGAGGGAUGGGUUUGGGAUUUGUUAUGGGGUCAAAUGUGGUUUUCUUUUCGAGUUAAUUGUAAUCUCGAAAUAAUUGUCAUCAGCGUUUUUAGCAAUUACCAUAAUAAUCAACCCUGACAGCCCUCGAAAAAAAACACCGCUUUUGGUAAUCUCGCGUUACACUCUACGUUCGCAUGCUAAUAUAUAUUUCGUAAUUUUCCCCUAAA